ACGAACAAUCACCAUACUGUGUUUAUUCAAACCAUUCGUUUUGUUGUUUUUUUUUUAAGUGUGUAUAGAAAAUUUAAAAAAAACAUCUAUAUGAACUUAUAAAAAUUUUCUAUACAAGUACUGAGUUCAGCCGAAAUUCCGCGAAAUUUGGCAUUAGUCAUACGUUGAGUUAAGAGAGCCCAUUUGAAACACAUCAGAAUCAUUUAUUGAAAUACAUUUAUAAUUUGUAAUUUGGUUUAAAAUGGCCGUACAAGAAAUGGAAAAUGAAGAUGCUCAAGCCAAAGAUGAAAAGAUGCUGCAAGCGUUUCGUGAAGGAUUGGAACAAAUUUACGAAGCUAGGAAGAUGACCCGCGAUGAGUAUAUGAAAUUUUACUCACUUAUUUAUGACUAUUGUGUGAAGGGAAAAGACAUGGUUUAUUGGGUGCCAGAAAGAGAUUUGAAUUGCUGCUAUAAGCGUUUGGUUCGUAAAAUUCAAGAAUAUUUGGACGUACACAUCUCUGGAAUUUCACAGAAAAUACCGGAUUCCGAUCAAGAUGAAACAGCAUUGAAUUACUACUGUGAGGUAUGGACCAAUUUCCGAUUAUCAAGUAGAUCCCUUAGUGGAUCGUCAACGUAUUUGGACAGGCAACAUCGUAAAAAAGACCAAGAUUGCCAAAGAGUCGAACAGAUUAUAUAUCAAACAUGGCGUGUUCAUCUUUUUGAACAUUUGAAUGAAAAGGUGUCAAAUGCUGCAUUGAGAAUGUUUGAACGAAACCGAACCGGCCAAUGGGUCAAUACGGAUGCAAUAAAAGCCGUCGUCGAAUCAUACAUCGAUCUCGGUUGUCUAGAAACUCCAGCUGAUUCCGAUGAUAUUACUGCACACUUAACGGUUUACAAACAAUUCGAAGAGCGUGUGUUAAAAGGAACCGAAACAUACUAUCAAAACGAAAGUGAAAUAUCCAUGGAAAAAUACUACCGAGAAGGGAAAUCGUUUGUUAAUUUUAUGCAACACAUCAUUAAAGUGAUUGAUAAUGAAAUAAAAGAGCGCGUUAGUUUAUUGCACAUUACAACUAAAGAGCCAAUUUUGAAGGUUUUAAGUGACACAUUAAUCACAAAGCAUAUAGAAAUAUUUGAUUUCGAAUUUCGGUUAAUGUUGCUCGGUGACAAACUAAAAGAUAUGGCAAUGAUAUAUUCGUUGGCAACUCAAUCGGAACAUGUACAAAAACGAUUGAGCUCAAUAUUUGAGGAGCACGUGAUGAAGGCCGGAUUCGAUAAACUCGAGACUUGUACCGAAGAAGCUGUUAAGGAUUCAAAUUUAUAUGUUCAGACAAUACUGUCGGUAUAUGAUAAAUAUUAUGAGCUACUAAAAGAUCAAUUUAAAAGUGAUGUUCUAUUCAAGACAUCACUUGAUAAGGCCUGCAAUAAAUUUGUGAAUAGCAAUUCUGUGAUUACAAAAAGUGGUGACCCAGGCCUUAGUCCAAAAUUGCUGGCCGAUUAUUGUAAUUCGUUGUUGAAAAAAUCAAGCAAAAAUCCCGAAGAAGCCGAACUCGAAAAUGCUCUCAAUAAGGUUAUGAUCGUAUUCAAAUAUAUCGAAGACAAAGAUGUGUUCCAAAAAUACUACAUAAAAAUGUUGGCAAAACGAUUGGUAUAUCACACAUCGGCAUCAGAUGAUGCUGAGGGGUCAAUGAUUUCAAAAUUGAAACAAGCCUGCGGCUAUGAAUACACAAUCAAAUUAACUCGAAUGUUCAAUGACAUUGGCCUAUCCAAAGAUCUUAAUGAGAAAUUCAAGGCGAGAACAAAAUGUUCCUACGAAAUGAGCGAUUUUACCAUUCAAGUGCUGUCAAGUGGCGCAUGGCCAUUCCAUCAAAGCCUUAAAUUUAAUUUACCAACUGAGCUAGAAAGAUCUGUUCAAAAUUUCAACCAGUUCUAUGCCGAGAUGCAUUCUGGUCGGAAACUAGUCUGGCUGUAUAACUUGUGCAAAGGUGAAAUUGUGACAAAUUGCUUCAAAAAUCGAUACACAUUACAGGUUAGUGCGUUCCAAAUGGCUGUGUUACUACAAUUUAACGAACAAACUAGUCUAACUGUUCAACAACUUGCUGAAAGUACCGGAAUCGCUAACGAAUACUUGAUUCAAAUUUUGCAAAUCUUUUUAAAAGUAAAAUUGUUUGUGUGCUCAGAUAAUGAAAACAGCUUGAACGAUAAAUCAGUAAUUGAACUAUUUACGGCCUAUAAAAACAAAAAAUUGCGUAUCAACUUAAACAUACCGUUAAAAGUCGAAGUGAAGGCCGAACAGGAAGCCACAAACAAGCAUAUUGAAGAGGAUCGUAGCCUUCUGAUACAGGCGGCCAUUGUACGUAUUAUGAAAAUGCGUAAAACUCUCAAUCAUCAAAACUUGGUUAGUGAGGUACUCGAACAACUUGCGUUACGAUUUAAGCCUAAAAUUCCGGUCAUCAAGAAAUGUAUCGAUAUUCUCAUCGAAAAGGAGUAUUUGGAACGACAGGAGAACCAUAAAGAUGUUUACAAUUAUUUGGCUUAAUUUCAUAGAACAACUUUUACAAGUUAUUUAUUUGUUGAGAAACAUAAUACCUCAAUUCUAGACAUUAAGCACAAUUUUUGUAUGAAACAUUUUGAGUGAAUAUAGAUAAUAUAAAAUCGUUUUACAACCAA